UUUCUUAAAUUUUGAUCAGAUUCUGUUGGUCAUCUUUUGUGUUUUGGAACCAAACAAACUGCAGGUCAUCAUUGUGCUGCGGCUGAUGAACAGCAGCCUUCCACAGACUUUAUGAAAAUGCUGGUCAUCUUUGGAAUCCUGGUCAUGUCCACACAAGUGUCCACAGGUUUGCUGCCCAUGAACCCUGUUUGUAGAGUUACUCAGAGUGAUCCAUGUUAUGGAGCUGUGGGACGACCGCUGUACCUGCAGCUGCCAUCUGAGGAUGAAAUCAUCUUGAAGAGGAGCAACAGUGGAACUAAAACUACUAAUGGCAUUUUCAUGUUUAGAAAACAAACAAAAAAACAUUCAGAUUAUCCAAGAUGGCAGUUUGUUACUGAUAACAACACCAUGAUAAUCAGCAGUGCAGAGAAAAGAGACUCAGGGAAAUACACUUUAGAUACAUUUGAUUCAGCAGGGACAUCAACAGGCAUUUAUCACCUCCAGCUGGUUAUUGAAGCUGUGGUGUCCUCAGUGACUGUGACAGACAGCUGCUCCUCCAAGGACAAGAGGGAAGUUUACUGCUCAUCUGAUGGUGAUAAUGUGCUCUACAACUGGACUUUCCUACAUACACACCAACUGGCUGGUGGGAACCAGACUCUUCUGCUGGACAAGGAAGCUGUCGGAAGUGUGACCUGCUAUGCACAAAAUCAUGUUACCCGUGGACACAGAACUAUUGAACUACAUCAGUGUUCUGAAACAUCUCAUAUAAUGUCAACCAUGGACAUGGGAUGUGGACAGAUGACAUUUUUGGAUACCAGUUUCCUGGUGUUUGUGUCAGUGUGGCUCUUUGAGGUCAUCGUCCUGCUGUCCCUGUUAGUUGGAGCGUUUUACAUCUACACCAGAAUCUACAAGAAACUGAGAGCAGCUGAGGGUAAGACCGGUUUGCUGUCCAUGAACCCUGUUUGUAGAUUUACUCAGAGUGAUCCAUGUUAUGGAGCUGUGGGACGACCGCUGUACCUGCAGCUGCCAUCUGAGGAUCAAUUAGUCUUAAAGAAGAACAUCAGUGGAGCUCGUACGGAUCAUAUUUUCAGAUUUCUAAACCAUAAAAUCAUAUUAAAACAUCCAGAUUAUCAAAGAUGGCAGUUUGUUACUGAUAACAGAACCAUGAUAAUCAGCAGUGCAGAGAAAAGAGACUCAGGAAGAUACACUUUAGAUACAUAUGAUUCAGCAGGGACAGACAGAGGCGUUUAUUAUCUCCAGCUCGUUAUUGAAGAUGUGGUGUCCUCAGUGACUGUGACAGACAGCUGCUUAUCUAUUGAGAAGAGGAAAGUUUACUGUUCGUCUGAUGGAGAUAAUGUGCACUAUAACUGGACUCUCCAACAUACACAUCAACUGGCUGAUGGGAACCAGACUCUCCUGCUGGACAAAGAAGCUGUUGGACGUGUGACCUGCUAUGCUCAAAAUCACGUUAGUCGUGGACACAAAGCUAUUGAACUACAACAGUGUCCUGGUGUGUCCUCCCCAGAUCCAUACUCUCUGUUUCACAGGGAGUUGACAGGUCUUUCAGCAUGGUGGAACAGUAAAAUAUUGCCUACACUGAGCUUUAGACACUUCCGGUGUGUUUUUGGUUGUGUGGUUUUUGGAGAUUUUUAUUCUGCUGUCAUUGUUGGGAGGUUUUCACAUCUACGGCAGAAUCCAAAGAAAACAGACCAGCAGAGCAGCAGAAAUGAAGGUACAGGAGGUGGAGGAGGGUCUGUACACCAACCUGAAUUGAGAACACAGACAUCAUCAUCAUCAUCAUCAGGAGAGGAGAUAAACUGUCAGACUCUCCACCUCAUACAACCUGAACCAUCAAGCACAUUUCAUGAGCACAGAUUCAGAUUGUUCAGAUUUAGGAUUGUGGUGAAUUUAAUGGACCAUGAAAACUCUCCAGUCUGAGUAGCAAUUUUGUUUGGCCUCAUGAAUGGACUUUUAAGUGUGUCCCUUACAAAGGACGGGUGAGGUUACAAUUCCAUAGUAAGUGCAUGCUGUACUAGUGUGAAGGUUUUUAUAGAGCAGUAUUUCUCACAGUGUUGCUUUGUUUCUUUUGUCCGUCUCUCAUGACCACCUUGCAAUGUAUUUCAAUGUACAGAUCUCUCAGUAUUUACCUGCUAUUAGUCAUCCUCGAUUUUCUCCUUCACGUUUAGACUUUAUAACUGGCAUAUUUAGAAUAGUAAUACUAGAUUAAUACAGAGUUUUUCAGCUUACCAGACACAAAAAU